AUGAACUCAAAAAAGUCUGGCACCCUAACUCUCACAACCUCCUCCUCCCAUUCCUUCCGUGCCAAAACACUCUAUCUCGUCCUCCGCCUCUUUUAUUCUCCCGUGAUAUCUCGCUUUGUCGAAAACCCUGCAGAAUCCGGGCAUCAACGUAUCAAGCCCCCUAAAUCCCUUUCGAAAAAAUUCACAAUCAAAAAACGUGAUUUUUACGACUGGAGCGUCUAUGAUAUAUCCCCCAAACCCAAUUCUAAACCUAAGAGCAAGUUGAAAGACCAAGAUGCUGAAAAGAUUCCGGAAAGGAGAAUGAUGUACAUUCCCGGAACGGGAUUUACGAUUCCAACGUCAUCGGAACAUUUUAAGUUUGUCUCGAAAACUUUCGUUUCAGACCCUUACUCAACCGUCACUGUCGUCCUCCACCCUCUCGCCCCGAAACAUACCGUUUCAUCAGUUUAUCCCAAAUUCUUCGAACUUUAUUCCCAGUUACUCGACGAGCUCACACCGAAUGGAGAAAUUGACAUUGGCGGUGACAGUUCAGGCGGUGGAAUCUCGCUUUCAAUAGUUCAACACUUGAACUCCCGUGGCCUACGUCUUCCAAACCGCCUUUUUAUCAUGGCACCUAGUGUGGAUUUUGUUCAACCCAAGGCCUCAGAUAUGAAAAAAGUUUCAGAUCUAGAUCCUCUCCAAAGAGUCGACCAAAGCCACGCUGCUCACUUGAAAUGGGUAAACGGUGAAAUGCCACUUUCAGACCCAAUAGUUAGCCCCAUUCGUGGUAACUUCCAUUGCUUAAAAGGUAUAAAGGUCGUAGGCCUCGUAGGUACCUACGAUAUUCUGGAACCCGAUUGCAUCAGGCUUCGUGAAAAGAUGAGAGACGAGGGUAUCGAAGUGGAGUGGCUUGUUGGCGAGAAAAUGGUGCAUUGUUGGCCGUUGAUGCAGGCUUAUCUGUUACCCGAGGGGAAAGAGGCCGUGGGAUGGAUCAGACAGAAGAUGAAGUAA